GGUAGAGUUCAUGUGCGUGCCUGUAGAUAAAACAAUGCAGUGUGUGUGUGUGUGUGUGUGUUUGUGUGUGUGUGUUGGGCGACUGAGCUCUCAUCCUAUAUCUAAUGCAGUGUGGUUGAUAUAUUGAUAAAGCUUUGACUCAUCGUGACAUGAACUGAAAUCAAAUUCAUUCUGCAGUUGUAAAAUUACAACCAUGUAUAAAAAAUAAAAAUAAAUAAACAGACAAAAAAAAUUUCACUUCGUUUCCUAAAAAAUGUACAAGCAACAAAAAAGAGAGAAUAAAAAGCCUGUUUAAUCAAAUAAACAAGGUUAAAAAUGAAUGUAGAACCCUUAAAUGCUCUUUGGUUCUCUCUCUUUGGUGCUACUAAGGAGUGGUUCCUUGUGGAACCAUUCCCCUCAAACCAAGUUCCAUGUAGAACCUUUUGUGUGGCAGCCUAGAACUCUUCAAAGAACCCUCGAAGAACCCAUUUUUACGUUUCAAAGCAAAACAAAAAGGGUUCUCUAAGGGUUCCGUACAUAAUUAACGGAUCUUAGAUUCCCAAAAGUGCUCCCCAUGAAUCUUUUUUUUUUUUCUUUCUGGUGUAGAGUUCCACAUAGAACCUUCUAUGUAAGGGUUCCUAUAGAGGGACAAACAAAUGUCCCUCUGAGUGUUUUGAAGUUAAGGUUCUAGAGGGAACCAUUUUUUCCCCCCCUAAGAGUGUAAUAUCAGUCAUUUUUAAUAAACGUCGUGUUAUUGGUGCUGUACGACGAACAAAUCUUUCUUCUUCAUUUUCCUUUUUCUAUUUCCUUCUUUCUUCCUUUAUUUUUUCUUUGUUUCUUCCCUCUGUCCUUCCUUCCUUCCUUCCUUCCCUUUCGUUUCUCUUCAGGCUCAGUACGCAGUGUGAUGGUGUUAUGAAAAAUGAUGACUGUUGUGCUGUACGACUCGACAGCGUGAGCGUCUCACACGUCUCCGUGUGUGUUUAAUCUGACCUGAUAAGCCUGAGCGUAGCGUUUAGCAUGUUGCGCGGUCGUGUAAACGUCCUCCUCGGACUAUGAGGAGCGUGGAUCAUAAAGAAGAAGAGAGAAGAACAGGAGAGCACUGAGAGCACUGCUGAUUCAUUACAGGACUAACCUUGGUGCCUUGUCCAAUGCUGGCUGAAGAAUGUUCUCUUUAGGAGGUUCUAAUCCCUCCCACGGUGUAGGAUUCAUGGCGAGGAUACCAGUUCUGCCCUUCAGCAGCAGAGCCGAGGUCGUUGGGGUUUUUUUGGAAACCAGUCUCCAUUGAGCCGUGGGAUUCGUUCCGAGAACAUAUUUUUUUUAAACGAUUUUUAGGAACCAUCAGCUUCGUCAUGGUCCCGCGAAUGUGUCCCGGCGCUCUGGGUCGUCUGCUCUGGGUCGGACUCUUUGUGUGCACCAUGGUGGACGCCAGCGCCAGCCUGAAGUUCUCCGGUGCCCAGGGGCAGUGGAUGGCAUUCCCCAUGUGGAACGCUUGCUGCGAGAGCGAGAUGAGUUUCAACAUGAAAACCAAGAGCUCCCGCGGACUCCUGGUGUACUUCGACGACGAGGGCUUCUGCGAUUUCCUCGAGCUGCUCAUGAACAACGGCAAGCUCAGUCUCCGCUUCUCGAUCUUCUGCGCUGAGCCGGUCGCCGUGCUCUCGGACGUGCCGGUCAACGACAACCAGUGGCACGCCGUCACGGUAAAGAGGAACUUCCAGAACACCACGCUCGUCGUGGACAACGAGGUCAAGUGGGUGGAGGUGAAGUCCAAGAGACGGGACAUGACCGUGUUCAGUCACCUGUUCUUAGGUGGGAUACCGCCGGAGCUACGGUCCGUGGCGCUGCGGCUGACGUCGAACGCCGUGAAGGACCAAGUUCCCUUCGAAGGCUGGAUAACAGACUUGAAAGUCAACGAGUCGGUUCCUGUUAUUCUGAACAGCGCAGGAGUGGACAGUGACGCAUGCGACGACGAGAACGUUUGCUUCAAUGGAGGAGUUUGCAGCGUCAUCGACAACGAACCCACCUGCAACUGCUCCGAGACGGGAUUUCAGGGAAAAGACUGCACCGAAGAAGACAACCGUGCUGAAGGUCUGGCACACCUGAUGAUGGGAGAUCAAGUGAAAGAAGAGUACGUGGCGACCUUCAAAGGUUCCGAAUACUUCUGCUACGACCUGUCGCAGAACCCGAUACAGAGCAGCAGCGACGAGAUCACGCUCUCCUUCAAAACCCUGCAGAGGAACGGACUGAUGCUGCACACGGGCAAAUCGGCCGACUACGUCAACCUGGCGCUGAAAAACGGGGCGGUUUCGCUUGUCAUUAAUUUGGGGUCCGGGGCCUUUGAAGCCCUGGUGGAGCCGGUCAAUGGAAAGUUUAAUGACAAUGAUUGGCAUGAUGUCAAAGUAACACGGAAUCUCCGUCAGCAUUCAGGCAUUGGACACGCUAUGGUUACGAUAUCCGUGGAUGGAAUUCUUACCACCACAGGAUACACACAGGAGGACUACACCAUGCUGGGCUCGGACGACUUUUUCUAUGUCGGCGGAAGCCCUAGCACGGCCGAUCUGCCCGGAUCUCCUGUUAGCAACAACUUCAUGGGCUGCUUGAAGGAGGUGGUUUACAAAAACAAUGACGUUCGGCUGGAGCUGUCCAAGCUGGCCUUGCAGGGCGACCACAAGAUGAAGGUCCAUGGCGUGGUGGCCUUCAAAUGUGAAAAUGUAGCCACUCUUGAUCCGAUCACUUUCGAAACACCAGAAGCCUUCAUCACGUUACAUAAGUGGAACGCUAAGAAGACCGGCUCCAUAUCCUUCGACUUCCGCACUACCGAACCGAACGGACUUCUUCUCUUCAGCCACGGGAGGUCGAAACAGCAGACCAAAGAGGCAAAGAGCCCUGUCACGCUUAAAGUGGACUUCUUCGCCAUCGAGAUGCUGGACGGUCAUUUGUACCUGCUGCUGGACAUGGGCUCGGGCACCACCAAAACACGAGCGGUCAACAAAAAAGUGAACGAUGGGGAAUGGUACCACGUGGACUUCCAGAGGGAUGGAAGAUCAGGUACGAUAUCGGUGAACACGGUCCGCACGCCCUACCAGGCCCCAGGUGAGAGCGAGAUCCUCGACCUGGACGAUCACCUGUACCUCGGUGGUCUUCCCGAGAACCGAGCAGGUUUGGUGUGUCCCACCGAGGUAUGGACGGCGCUGCUGAAUUAUGGCUUCGUGGGCUGCGUACGCGACCUCUUCGUCGACGGCCAGAGCAAAGAUGUUCGGCGCAUGGCUGAGCUCCAGAAGGCAGUGGGGGUGAAGCCGUCCUGCUCCAAGGAAGCACCCAAGCAGUGCCUGAGCAACCCGUGUCAGAACAACGGCAUCUGCAGAGAGGGAUGGAAUCGAUAUGUAUGCGACUGCGCCGCUACCGGGUUUCUGGGACGUUCUUGCGAGAGAGACGCAACCAUCCUAAGCUACGAUGGCAGUAAGUUCAUGAAGAUCCAGCUCCCGGUGGCUAUGCACACCGAGGCCGAGGACGUCACGCUCCGGUUCCGGUCGCAAAGGGCUUACGGGAUCCUGAUGGCCACCACGUCUCGAGACUCUGCCGACACGCUACGACUAGAGCUGGAGACCGGAAGAGUCCGCCUGACUAUUAACCUAGACUGUUUCAGGAUUAACUGUACCUCCAGUAAAGGGCCCGAGACGCUCUUCACCGGGCAGAACCUGAACGAUAACGAGUGGCACACGGUCCGAGUCAUGAGGAGAGGGAAGAGUCUGCAGCUGGCUGUGGAUGAGUUACAGCCUGUCGAGGGUGAGAUCCCGGGUGACCACACCCAGCUGGAGUUCCACAACGUCGAGACCGGGAUCAUCACGGAGAAGCGCCACCUCUCCACCGUGCCCUCCAACUUUAUCGGCCACCUCCAGAGCCUGGUGUUCAACGGCAUGGCCUACAUCGACCUGUGCAAGAACGGAGACAUCGACUACUGCGAGCUGAACGCCAUGAUCGGCUUCAAGAACAUCAUCGCCGACCCCGUGACCUUCAAGUCGCGCUCCAGCUACGUGUCGCUCAGCACGCUGCAGGCCUACUACUCCAUGCACCUGUUCUUCCAGUUUAAGACCACGUCCUCGGACGGCCUCAUCCUGUACAACAGCGGAGACGGCAACGACUUCAUCGUCGUGGAGCUCGUCAAGGGCUACCUGCACUACGUGGCAGACCUGGGCAACGGCGCUCACCUCAUUAAAGGAAACUCCAACAAACCUCUGAAUGAUAACCACUGGCACAACGUCAUGAUCUCCAGAGACAUCAACAACCUGCACACGGUCAAGAUUGACACCAAGGUCACCACACAGACCACCGUCGGAGCCAAAAACCUCGACCUGAAGGGAGAUCUGUACAUCGGGGGCGUGGCUAAAGACAUGUACAAGGAGCUGCCCAAACUGGUUCACGCCCAAGAGGGAUUUCAGGGCUGCCUGGCCUCCAUGGACCUGAAUGGCCGUCUACCAGACCUCAUCUCCGACGCUCUCACCUGCGUGGGGCAAAUCGAGAGGGGCUGUGAAGGCCCCAGCACCACGUGUCAGGAGGACUCCUGUGCUAAUCAGGGUGUGUGUCUGCAGCAGUGGGAAGGGUUCAGCUGCGACUGCAGCAUGACGUCGUUUGGAGGACAUCAGUGCAACGAUGCGGGAACGACGUACAUAUUCGGGCGUGAAGGAGGUAAGAUCACGUACACGUGGCCGCCCAACGACAGGCCGAGCACCAGAGCUGACAGACUGGCACUGGGCUUCAGCACUCAGCUUAAAGACGCCCUGCUCAUCAGAGUGGACAGCUCAACCGGACUGGGAGACUAUCUCAAACUGCACAUUGAAAAGGGCCAUGUGGCGGUGAUCUUCAACGUGGGCACGGACGACAUCAACAUCGAGGAGAAGUCCAAGUCCGUGAACGACGGCAAGUACCACGUGGUGAAGUUCACCAGGAGCGGGGGUAAUGCAACGCUGCAGGUGGAUGACCUGCCAGUCAUUGAGCGCUUCCCCACAGGCAACAUUGAUAACGAACGACUGGCGAUCGCUAGGCAGCGAAUCCCAUAUCGACUCGGUCGAGUAGUUGACGAAUGGCUACUCGACAAAGGUCGGCAGCUCACCAUUUUUAACAGCCAGACUACGAUCCAGAUCGGAGGCUGGGAGCGAGACAGGAGUCGCUCCUUCCAAGGACAGAUGUCAGGCCUCUAUUACAACGGGCUCAAAGUGUUCAACAUGGCCGUCGAGGGAAAUCCAAACGUUCGCGUCGAGGGCAGCGUGAGGCUGGUGGGCGAAGCGCCUUCCUCUUCGUCCUCGUCGUCGUCCUCUUCGUCUUCGUCCUCUAUCAGUCCUCAGUCCAACGCCUCGACCUCUAUCAUGGAGACCACCACGACCACCAGCAGCACCACCACGGCCUCCAGCCGCCGGGUCAAGCAGACCACGCCCAGAGACACGCAGCAGACGACGGAUGACCUGUUGGUGGCGUCCGCCGAGUGUCCGAGCGAUGACGAGGAUAUCGACCCGUGUGAGCCAAGCUCAGCGAGCCCAACAGGUCCGGGUCUGAAGGGAUACCCCGACCCGGUCGAGGUGGUCCGGGAGUCCAGCAGCACCACAGGUAUGGUGGUGGGCAUCGUGGCAGCAGCCGCUCUGUGCAUCCUCAUCCUCCUUUACGCCAUGUACAAAUAUCGCAACCGGGACGAGGGCUCGUAUCGCGUGGACGAGAGCCGCAAUUAUAUCAGCAACUCGGCGCAGUCCAAUGGCACCGUCCUCAAAGAGAAACCAGCCAACGUGGCCAAGAGCACCACCAAGACCAAGAAAAACAAGGACAAGGAGUACUAUGUUUGAUCGCUCUUUCACUGGACUCGCUCCAGAACCAGUUUUUUGAGGACUUUACAGACUUCUGGAUAUUUUUUGUUUUGUUUUGUUUUGUUGGGUCUUUUUUCUUGCGCUUUCUCUCUCUCUCUCUCUCUCUCUCUCUCUCUCUCUCGCUCUCUGAAAGAAUAAUACAAAACCAUAUCCUGUGUAUAAUAGCAAGAACUAGAGGGGGGCGGGAUUGAAAAGAACACUGCUUUGGAGAAGAAAAAAAAAACUGUCGUCUGUUUAUCUAAAACAUUGCAUUAGACUGCAGAUUGAAGGUUUUCUGUCGCGUCCGGAUGGCAGGAACAGGAGGACAGUGGCAGGCAGGACACUUCUGGCGUGGCUUCAGCUGGACACGAGGACAUCUGAGGAAAAACAUAGCUGAUUAAAUACCCAAUAAUUAACUGCAAAGCAGAUUAUCAAUACGAGACCCAUCUGCACCUCGGGAAGCCGGCCAACGAAACGUCGCGCUUACGCAUAAGAGAGACGGCGGCGUCCGUUAACGUGUCGGAUCUGCCGGGACGGGUUUUCCAAACGGAGAGCACUGGUCAAAUGGGCAAACACGACGCGUCCGUAUCUAAGCUUGUGAUUGUUCUUUGAACCAAGAGAGACCAGCAAAGACUCUCAUGAGCCUCCCAAAAUCUAACAAGGGAGCAAAGUGCUGAAAGCCUGCCGCAGCGAGGAAUCCAAAAGCAAUCUCGAAAGCAAUCUCAAGGCCUUACGUUCUCAGCUGGAGGAAAACUUAAGGCCAUAAAACAGCGGAAACAAAAAAAGAAAAAAGAAAAGAAAAGCGACCGUUCGAGAAACUCUUGAUGCACGCAACAGUAUCUUAUUACAUAUGUUUAUACACCCACAUCUAAAUGUGCUCUCUGGACUGUGACAGUGGUGUUUUAUAGCCUGUUGUAUAGACGCAAAAUUAUACCUGCUCCUCAAUCAUGGAUUUUGAUUUUUUUUUUUUUUGGUUUCAGUAAUAAAAAGUUCCAAAAAGGAGAAAAAAAAAAAAAGAAAAUGUAAAUGUUAGUAAAUGUUGCUAGAUAUAGAUUUGAUCACGAUGCAAGCGAAGGCUUAUUUGAGUUGCUUUCAUCAGUUUAUCUUUAAGGCUUUACCCAGACUUCAUGCUAAAUGCUAAAGCGACGUUACAGCCCUACAGUUUGUCUCGUUCGUGAAUGAGAAGACCAAACGAGUCCCGUAGUGACGAAUGGUGUCCCGUCAUCCUGGAAAACAUUUUCAAAAUCUGCACUCUAUCAAUAAUCCCUUCACCGUUUCAGCCUGUGUGUGAGUGUGUGUGUGUCUGUGUGUGUGUGUGUGAGUGUCCUGUCUUCCGGUCUUUACAUCCGUCCAUCUUUGUUCAGCUCGCCGGCUCAAUGGGACGAGCAAGACGGGAGGAAAGUCCAGACUACGAGCUAAACCUGCAUUAAGUGCGUUUCAGUUUGGUUUCUUUUUUAAUUCUACCAGUGCUAUUCUUUUUUCUACAGUAUUUUCUGUUCAAAUUGUGACGAUUCUUUAUUGACCUCAAAGUACAUGAUUUAUUAUAUAAAAAAAAAAUAGUUUUGAAAAAUUAAAUGAGCAAAUAAAAUAUUACCUAAGUGAACAAAA